AUGGAUGAGGAAACCCAGCCGUCGACGCAGCCCUACGCAGACCCGCGCCGCAGGGGCAUUAAUAACUCAGGCUUGAGCCAGCAAGAUGUAGCGGACAUUAUAUGCAUCUUACAUCCAAGCUCUCCUGCUGCGCAUACUGCGGUAUCUACAACGGCGGACCGUAAUCCACAGCAUAUCCUCCAGCGAGAUGAGUUUGACUGUGAUAUUGGCGAUACAGUCGCAUGUGAGUCAACCUGGGAUAUUGCCUUGCGGUUUUCUUCACAGGUGAAAGACCAGAGCAUGGGAUUCUAUUUUGGCCGAAGCGUCUCCAGGUGUGAUAUCAUAUUUGCUCCGGAUGACAGGAUGUCAAAUACCCAUUUUCGCAUCUACUUGAAACCGGACGGCAUCAUUAUGCUCCAAGAUACGUCUACAAAUGGAACUAUCGUUGAUUCAAAACUUAUCCGGAGAGAUGGCAAAUAUGAAAGUCCGACUACCCAGAUGCUUAUGCCUGGUUCAGUCAUUCAGGUGGUCGGUAGCAAUCCGUCAUCUGCUAUAAAAUUUGUUGUUAGGAUGCCUCCUCGAGACGAACUCCAGGCGCAGUACAGCAGGAAUCUUACCUGGUACCUAGGCCGAAUUCGACAAUUAAAUACUAAAGCAGGAGACACUGGCCGUGGGGAGCCUCCAGUCCCUGAGUUCAUUAUGCCCCAACAGACCGGCCAUUCUUAUGGAAUGCAUUGGAAUGGUGGAGCCAAGUAUAACGUAACUGGCCAAAUUGGAAAGGGUGCCUUUGCCACCGUGUAUAAAUUGGCUACCAAAAACGAUGGCGCUGUAUUUGCUUGCAAAGAACUGGAUAAACGACGCCUCAUGAAGAACAAUGUCUUGGACCACAAGGUUGACAGCGAAAUGAGGAUUAUGAAAGACUUGGAUCAUCCCAAUAUUGUACGAUUUCAUGAUUACUUCGACCUGAAUAACCGCUGGAUUUAUAUCGUUAUGGAAUACAUUGGAGGCGGAGAGCUUUCAAGCUAUCUCAGCAGAGUUGGAAGUUUACCUGAAGACUUGGUGAAAACAAUCUCUCGCCAGCUUCUCCAUGCUUUACAGUACCUUCAUGCAAGGCGAAUAACCCACCGUGAUAUAAAACCCGAUAAUAUCCUCAUCUCAUCGUUUGAUCCACUUACCAUCAAGCUAUCGGACUUUGGACUUUCAAAAGUGGCCCAGGAAGAAACUUUUUUGAAGACAUUUUGUGGGACGCUGCUUUACUGCGCACCCGAAGUGUAUCCGGAAUACGACUCCUAUAAGCACCACUUUCCUCGAAAAAGGCGUCGACCGGGCGACCCUUUACCCAGAACCUCUCCAUACGAUCAAUCUGUUGAUAUGUGGUCAUUUGGUGCAGUAGCUUUCCACAUUCUAUGUGGCCACCCUCCAUUCAUGGGACGUGGAGACGAUAGAGGAGCUCAGAUGUUACGGAAUAUAAUGACUACCGAAGCGGACUAUUCACUGCUAGAAAAAGCAGGGGUAUCUUCGGAAGGAAUAGAUUUCGUUUCAAGACUGCUUAACCGGGAUCCCAAAUCUCGACCAAAGGAGCGGGAAUGCUUUCGACAUCCAUGGGUCGCCGAUGUAUCAGACGCGUUUGAGUACGAGGAAGUAGGAGAGCCAGUUCCAGCUGGCCCGCUCGCUGAGCUGGUCGCUGUACCGGAAGUCAGUGAAGAUGAGGAUUUGGAUGCCUCUGGUCUUGUGAUCAACGAUAUGGCGAACGGGUUAUCCGAGCAUGGAAAAGGAGAAGACGCGGACGAAGAGGAGGAGGAGGAAGGAGAGCUGGUGUCUUCCGGCCACAACACUCAUGCCAAAAAGCCUCGUGUAACCUUGGAACAGGAUGUUUCAGAGCAAUAUGUCCAGGCUCCAGGUGACGUACGUUAUCCCUCACUUCCCAAAUUUUCCAGUUAUGGAUUCGGAGCCAGUGCCGAUGUGAGAGCUACGCCAAAUGGCCCCCGCCUCUUUGGAGAAAUCACGGAAUCCCUUCUUAAAAGCUCCGGAGUGUUUGGCCGGGAUUAUCCCGUGGAUAUGGAUGUUACCGAUCCACAGGACCAGUGCCAGGAUGAUUCAACUGACCAGUAUGUGAUGUCGGAUGAGAACUCUAGUAUUAACAAAGACAUCUUUGCCGACGGAGGCCAACCACACCCGCCGCUUACUAUGAGGCCCCCACCGCCUAAGAUAUCUGAUCCGAGUCUGCUAGGAGCGGAAUCCCUAGUGGGACACCUGCACAUGGGCUCUGUUGGUCAAAAGGAUGCCAUCUCACGGAAUGGUGCUUCUCUGGGCAAUCGAAAAUACGCUUCUGUGUCAAAUGGUGAAGCUCAGGAAGGCUGGGGUAAUGGAGAGGCUGAGGCUGCUACGGGAACUUUACCUAAAAGAAACGCAUCCUCACCAUCCAGCAAUAGGAUUAAUUCUUAUAGAACAGUAACGAGAGACAUGAGCAGCAGUACGGAAACCAACAAGCCACGCAGCCCAGUUGGAAGCACAAAAUCGAGCAACCAAAAUGAUGCCAAUGGGAUUCCGGAUGAACUUGCUUGUACAAUUGACGAACGCACAGGUCUUGAAGCCUCAUACUCGUCCCAACCCCGGCCAAAUUCGCUCGGCCCAGAUGCUCCAGAUGACAAUCCUGAUUCCCAGCAGGUUACUGACAAUAUACAGGAACAAAACAACGAGAAUGGAGAAAACCAGUUCGUCAAACCUGCUACGGUGUUGGGGAAGUUAACGCCACUACCAGGUUCGAUCAUCGACCAGCCAAUUAGGCUUGAAUCGCGUAUGACGUCCUGGGGCCGAGGAACUCAAGCGACAAUCCGUCACCCGGACGAUAUGGACAUUCGAAUUCCCUCAUAUGCCCUUGAGCUAACUUUCUGGGCGCCAUCAAUCGAAGCUCGAAUCGAGGCUGGUGAAGAUUGGUUGCGCAUGAGCGAUGUUGUAACAUUGAUAUCCACAAAGACCAGCCGAUGCAUCUGGGUUAACGACGUCGAACUACGCAAAGAGUCCCGCAAUAAGGAUGCAUUUUUGUUUGGGAGGAUAUACACCGGUGAUAUCAUCACUGUGUAUCGAAAUAAGGACCAGUUCCUCCGGUUCCGAUGUGAAUUUUAUCAUGGGAGCAGCAAACUGGAAAGACCGGCAGAUGAAAUGAAGUUUGUCAUUGAAGAGUCACCAAAGGCAGGAUGCAGCACUAGAAUAGAAGGCAAUUUACUAUCGAAGUCGGUACCAGCAUCUGGAGAGACGCUCGCCAGAAGCAACGUCUCUACCAUGACGAACCAACCGACGAGCGUCAACAGCCCCGACGCAGAGAAUACGUCGACAUAA